CCAUGAGAUCUAGCUAGUCUCCACGUUGCAGAAAAGCCUGAUGUUGAUUACCAGCACAUUAAAUGGUUCCCCUUGAAGUAGCCCCUCUGAGCCCAGUCAAUGGAACAGAAAUUGAAUAUGAAUUUGAGGAAAUCACUCUAGAGCGGGGUAACUCUGGGUUGGGCUUCAGCAUUGCCGGAGGGACAGAUAACCCCCACAUCGGCGACGACCCCGGCAUCUUCAUCACUAAGAUCAUCCCGGGGGGAGCUGCAGCAGAGGAUGGACGCCUCAGAGUAAACGACUGCAUCCUGCGGGUGAACGAUGCCGACGUGUCUGAGGUGUGCCACAGCAAGGCGGUGGAGGCUCUGAAGGUGGCAGGCUCCAUCGUGAGCCUGUAUGUGCGGCGCCGCAGGCCGAUGCUGGAGACCAUCAUCGAGAUCAAACUCAUCAAAGGGCCCAAAGGGCUUGGCUUCAGUAUUGCAGGUGGCGUUGGAAACCAGCACAUCCCAGGUGACAACAGCAUUUAUGUCACCAAGAUCAUUGAUGGCGGUGCAGCUCAGAAGGACUGCAGACUACAAGUAGGGGACAGGCUGUUAAUGGUGAACAACUACAGUCUGGAGGAAGUGUCUCAUGAAGAAGCUGUGGCCAUUUUGAAGAACACGUCGGAUGUGGUCUACCUAAAGGUGGGAAAGCCCACCAAUGUCUACCUGUCAGAUCCCGAUGGGCCUCCUGAUAUCACACACUCAUUCUCUCCAGCCAUGGAAAAUCAUAUCUCCUCCCCCAUCAACUGUGGCACUCUGGAGUACAAGUCUGGCCUCCCCCCCAUCUCCCCUGGGAGUUAUUCCCCACUCCCUAAGCACUUACUUGGGGAAGAGGAUAUAAACAGGUUGGAUGGUUUUUCCUUUUUACGAAAUGCCUCGCUAGAUGACGGCGAGGGUCACAGGUUUGAUUCCCAGCACUUCCAGUUAAGGCCUCCUGAGCCAGUUUACAGCACUGUGAACAAACUAUGUGACAAAGCACCCUCCCCCCGACACUAUUCCCCAGUGGAGUGUGACAAAAGCCUCCUCCACUCCGCCCCUCUCCCAUAUCAAUUAAGCCUGUUCCCUGACUCGGACAUCUCCAGGGAACCCAGGAAGGUUGUGCUGCACAAAGGCUCCACAGGCCUGGGCUUCAACAUUGUGGGCGGAGAAGACGGCGAGGGCAUCUUUGUGUCCUUCAUCCUGGCCGGAGGGCCUGCUGACCUGAGCGGAGAGCUGAGGAGAGGGGACCAGAUCUUAUCGGUCAAUGGGAUUGACCUCCGAGGAGCCACUCAUGAACAAGCAGCAGCGGCUCUGAAAGGGGCGGGGCAGGUGGUCACCAUAUUCGCCCAGUACAGACCAGAAGAGUACGGGCGUUUUGAGGCCAAAAUCCAUGACCUGCGGGAACAGAUGAUGAACCACAGCAUGAGCUCUGGGUCAGGGUCUCUGCGGACCAAUCAAAAGAGGUCGCUUCAUGUGAGGGCACUGUUUGACUAUGAGAAGUCAAAGGACAGCGGCCUUCCCAGCCAGGGGCUCAGCUUCAAGUAUGGGGACAUCCUCCAUGUCAUCAACGCCUCCGAUGAUGAGUGGUGGCAGGCCCGCCGGGUCACCCCACAUGGAGACAGUGAGGAAAUGGGUGUCAUCCCCAGCAAGAGACGGGUGGAAAGGAAAGAGCGAGCGCGGCUAAAGACGGUGAAGUUCAACGCCAAGCCAGGCUCAUUUGAUUCCAAAGGGGACAUCCUGGGGAUAGGUGAUGAUGGGUAUGGGACAAAGACAUUCAGGAGUCAAGAGGAUGUGAUUCUUUCAUAUGAACCUGUGAUCCGGCAAGAAAUUAAUUAUGCCAGACCCGUCAUCAUCCUGGGACCGAUGAAGGACAGAAUCAACGAUGACCUGAUUUCAGAAUUCCCUGACAAGUUUGGAUCUUGUGUUCCACAUACCACUCGGCCGAAGAGGGACUACGAGGUGGACGGCAGAGACUACCACUUUGUGAUGUCCAGAGAGCAGAUGGAGAAGGACAUCCAGGAGCACAAGUUCAUCGAGGCGGGGCAGUACAACGAUAAUCUGUACGGGACCAGCGUCCAGUCUGUCAAAUAUGUGGCUGAAAGGGGUAAACACUGCAUUCUGGAUGUAUCUGGAAACGCCAUCAAGCGACUACAAGUAGCACAACUCUAUCCCAUCGCCAUCUUCAUAAAACCUAAGUCUAUUGAUACAUUAAUGGACAUGAACAAGAGACUGACAGAGGACCAGGCCAGGAAGACGUUUGACAGAGCUUUGAAGCUGGAGCAGGAGUUUGGUGAAUUCUUCACAGCCCUGGUUCAAGGAGACACCUUAGAGGACAUUUAUAACCACUGCAAACAGGUCAUAGAAGAACAUUCAGGACCCUAUAUCUGGAUCCCCUCAAAGGAGAAACUAUAAUAACUCCUCAGCCUGGAAGGGAGUCUGGACUGUUAGGAUUUAGUAAUAAGUUGUAACAUAUGAUAACUUCAUGGCGAUGAAUUGUCUUCAUAAAUUAGUAUUGUGUAUAUGUUACAUGUACUAUUUUGUUUUUUUCACUCAUUUUAGUUUAUUGCUUCAUUUUUCACUCAACUUGAAUGCUCCUGAAUGUAUUCCACUAAUAGUUUUGUCUUGAAAUAUGAACUGUUAACAUAUUUCUUGAGUUUUAUUUAAACUAAAAGUAAGGAAUAAAUAUGGUGAUUUGUCCACAUCAGCACUGUGUGGACAUUCAGACAGGAAGUUGGAGCUGGCACACACAGUGCACAUGUCAGGACUUGGACAAUAUAGAAACAAGUGUUCCCACUGCGACGCCCACCCCCCCUCCACACUGCAGCAACUAGCAGAUAAUAAUCAUAUAUAGUUUGAUGUUUUGUCUCUGAUUUGCAUCGAUGCAUCCCCUGAAGACAGCUUGACUUUGUGUUUGUUUACAUUGUUGUUUCUUCUUUGAAUGACUGUAUUUAUUUCUCUGACAUGACAUUGAGUAUGAGUGAGGAAAAUGUUGUAUUCACUGUAAGACUUUCAUGUUUCUUUAUUUAGAAGCCUACAAUACUCACCAUGCUGUUGCAUUGACAAUGAUUAAAGGGAGGAAGCUACCUUUGGCGCCUGAGAUCGAACACUAUAUGUUGCUACUUAAAUUGGGCACAAAAGCACACAAUUAUUUAUUGUUGAAAAUAUAACUUUGAUUAAAAGGUAAUUCAAAGAGCAUACUUUUUAUGUUGUGACUGUUUAGGAUAAAUGGAAAUAUCAGUUGAUGCUUACAGUAUUUUGAAGGCAUGGAAUGAAAAGGUUAAAUAGUACCUACAUUUAAUAUCCAAACACGUUUUUGUCUUUUGAAAACAAAAGCAGGAUGAUAACGAAUAAGAAAGAAAAUAAAGGACCAACACUUUUAGCAUGAACUGAAUCAAAGAUGGCAGUACAUUAAGUAGAGUUAAAACAUACAGAUGUUGAUAUUCUGAAGCAACACGAUGAGCUCAUUGAGGAUUUGAGAAACUCAACAGGUGAGUUGUUCAACUUGUCUCUGAAGAGGAGCAGACAGCUUUAGAAGCUCCGUAACCCCCACAGUACAGCGCCCCGGAUCCUAUACUUUUCUAUAUAAUAUCUCCACUUCUGACAGAAGACUUGUGUUACGCAAACGGAUGAAGCCUACAUUAUUAUGAGUUUCAGAAUAUAUUUGCAUUAUGAUGACAUUGGACUUUAUCCCUGAUCAAUGAAAGGAUCUAAAUGUCCAGUAAUGACAGGAGGAAUUAGUACAGCUGUAGCAAGCUGUUCAAAAUGGGCACCCGACUAUCGUCUUAAGACAAGCAUGAACUAAUUGGGAACAUUUCCUUUAAUUGUUGUUGUAAAAAUAUAAACAUUAAGCAUAAUAAUGUUGGACACAGUUGUUCUAAUCAUGUGCCACAUUGACCUGUCAGUGGACCCUAAGAGCCCCCCUCAAACAGAGAGCUGCUUCAUAUCUACCACCAUCGCUGACCAUACUCAAGUCAUCUUACCUAGGAGGGCCUUCAUAGCUGGAUGAAUCAUAAUGGAACAACCUUUUUAAGAGUUCAAACUAAUAUUGAAAUACUCUGCAGAACACCUGACGGAAAACAAGGACUGCCCUGAAUACAUCUCAGAUGUAUUUCUGUUUGUUUUAGUUGUGGAUAAGCCCUGAUGUCCUGAGCAGACGAUACACUCAACCCACUAUAUAUCGUUUUAUAUACAGUUUACUCACCAGUGGCUUGCCUUGUUUGAAAGGGCAUAUUGUAGCCUAAUAUAGUACCUUGCUUUGUUCAAUAUACAAAUAAAUGUUGUACUUAAAGCACUUGGAAUGACUAAUGCAUCUACCGGUGUGAUAUCCUCCUGUUCUGUUCAACUGCAACGUUGGUGAGAUUCCCAUGACAACAGUUUGUGAGUGAUAUUCUCUUUAUUCUAAUCUGUUUGAUUUAGACAGCAUGUUCAACCCAACCUGUUACCAAGUACAUAGAGUAGUUACAUUGAAUGCAGGUAUGUUUCUAGGUAAUGGGACUUUUCAAAAGUGCACUUAUUCAUUGUUUUUGGUAAAGGAGAUAGGCACUGUAUGAUAACAGUAAUACAUCUAAAUGUUAAAGCAAAUCUAAUUCAAAUCCACUGAUUAUGAUGUGAGAGGGAAGAGUGACAUGUGAUGACACCAAACCUGUUAGUAUGGACUGUUUCUGAAGUCCAAUGAUAAGCUCUCAAGUCAUUCUUAGAAGUGUGAACUUUGAAGAUAAAAAUGCUGAUUUAUGUAAAAGAAGGAUCCUUUUUCUCUUGUCCCUUUUCAUGAAUUGGGAUGAGAUUUGCAGCUGAUGGAAGAACAAACCUGUUCAGCUUUGAUAUGAAGAUCCACAUCAAUAGCCUUUUAUUUUGUUUUUGCAAUAUGUUUCAAAAUAUCAGCAAUCAUUCUUUUGCAAAUGCUCCAUAAUGUAAUGGUCACCACUUGCCUUAACUGAGUAGGUUUACUUUAUAUCAUAUAAACGCUUAGUAAUGUCAUAUUUAUUUGGUAAUAGAACAUUUGAUUGAAUCCUCUUUCACAACCAAACUCAAACCAGAUGUAAGGUGCCAUGCCUGAUAAAGUAACGUGAAGGAGGUAUAUUUUAUACUUGAUUUCAUUAAAAAAAAUUGCAUUUAUGUAGCAACAAUUUAAAUUGUUAAUGCUGAGACACCUACAUAUUUAGAUCUUUGUACUUGGCCAGCAAACAAAGAUGGAUGUUCAAACACUUGAAAUGAAAAGGAUGUCUGAUUGAUGCAUGUUGCCAGUCCUCUGAUUCUGAGCAACGUUCAACACAACUGCAGCGCUGAGGUUCUGUCUGUGUUGGAAGACUGAUCAGAGUUCAGCAAUUAAUCCUGCAAUCAGACUUAUGUCUUCUUUCAUUUCAAAAAACAAACAACCCAGGGCUGUCCAAACAAUAUCUUUGGUCAACACAUUUAGCAUAUCCCCUUUCAGUGAUUUCAGAAGUAAACCCAAAUGCACCAUUUAUAAUUAAAGUCUAUGAUUUAGCUAUUGUUGACAUGAUUAGCGUCAUACAAUAUCAGUUCAAUCAAAAGUAUUUUAACUACAUGUUGAGCAUGUCAGUGUUUUCUACCCAAGUCCACAUGCAUACAUUGUUUCCAGAUUCAGGGGCUGCAUCUUUGGAAGGACGUUACCCAUGAAGCUUUGUCCUUCAGUGUUGGGGACCUUAGGUGAUCCUUAUCAACUUAUUGAGUCUUAGAUACACAGUUUACUAGCAGGAAGUUUCCUGUAAACCACAAAGUGCUAAUCGCACUGUGGGAUGGAAACAAGUUUGGUGAUAUUCAGUUGGAGCGGUGGCUGAGUUCAUGCAUGGCUUCCAUUGUACAGAAUGCACCCCUCAUGGCUUCUCCAGCGAUGCCCUCAGCAGUAAGUGAUGUCACAACAUGACUGACGGAACGCUCCACUAAACUAAACUGCCCUGCUUCCAGCACUGACAAUUACUUUGGGAUUGUUCCCUGAAUUCAGACACAAUUUACAUGGUUUUCAACCUGUUUUGUGUUAUACCAUUUUUUGUAGAAUUAUUUUCUGCAAUAUGGCAUAAUGCCCAUUUUUGGUAAGAAAUUAUUACUUAAGCUUAUCACCUCAUGUGUAAUUGGAUAAAGGAAGGGGAGAAUAAUUGGCAAGGAAAAAAAAAUCAUAAUGGUUUUGGUUGUGCUGUAUCCAAGAGAACAAUUAUUCCAAUCUCAAAAUAAAAUGUAAUUUUGUCUUCAGAAAAGCACCCUUGUGUUUCUAUUUGAGAAUGCACCCAGUGCAUAUAAGUUUGGACCUUUAUUUGCUGUAUAUGUAUAUUUGAAACUUUUUGCUUUUCUUCUUGUGUCAUCAGAGGCUUCACAUUACACUGCUCUGUAUACCCUGCUGGAGGAGCUGCUUGCAGAAGGUUUCAAUUUGAAAACGCAUUUCAUCAUUUUGUAUGUGACAUUUGGUGACAUUUGAUGUUUUGCUCUGGUCAUUUAAAAAUAAUAUUUACACAAGAAAUGUUUACACAAA